AUGCGGACGCCAACGGCGAUGAUCGUGGGGCUGGUGCUGUGCCCCUGCGGGCUCCUGCUGACACUCACGGCCACGCUGGCACCCAACUGGAGGCAGGUGAGCCACAUACCCAACCAACCCAUUGACCUCAUCUUGGAGCAAGGCAUCUGGGACAUGUGCCAAGAGCGGCAGAGCACCCAUAACCGCCUCUGCGGGCAGGCUGAUGAGCUCAGCUACUUUGAGCAGGUGCCCGUGCGGGUGGCCCAAGGGCUGAUGCCCACCUCGUUGGCGCUCAACCUCCUGGGCUUGGUGGUGGCUGCCCUGGGGGUUCGCUGCUGGCAAAAGGAGCCACGGCACCUGCUGGCUGGUGUGGCAGGACUUGUGCUGUUUCUCUCAGGGCUGCUGAGCCUGAUGCCUGCCUCCUGGUACACCCAUGAGCUGUGGGCACUGCCUGCACCGGCUGGCAGCACGCUGGUUGUAGGCUACAGCUUGGUGCUGAGCUACUUGGGAAGCUGCCUGGAGAUCUUGGGGGGGCUGGCCCUCACCCUCAGCUUCCACCGCUGCUGCAAGGAGCACAGGGCCCCCAAACUGCCCCCCAGCCCUGUGCUGGAGGCUGGACCAUGCUCCACCACUGGGGCUUACCGCAAUCCCUGGGAUGUGCUGGAGGAUGAGCGAGACGGACGACACUGGAGGAGCACCCUGCCUUGUGACUCUGACUUGUAG